GAUAACUAGAGGAGAGAAAGGGAGGCAAAUACAUACAUACAAUGAUUGCUGAAAUUGGCGCCGACAACCCCAAGGCCAGCUCAAGCUUUCCCCAGACCCAAGCAGGUGUGUUCUGCCCAGAGUCACCCGUCUCAUCUGCCCCGGACCACGGCGUCGGCCAGUUGUUCAUUCGUAGCUCUUCGUCCAGGAGGGAUACACAGACCUCGGCUGGGAGCAUCAACCCUGAGGAGAGCUUGAUCAAGCCGCUGGUAUCCGGUGUAUCCUCAGCCGCUGCUACAGCCGCCUACACCAUGACCUCGUCGGGGGAAUUCAUGCAGACCGCUCCCCUGUUCGCCCAGAGGUCCAAGCGGAACGUUCUGUAUAAAAUCCUUUGUUUUCUCAUUCUGAUUUUCCAAGGAGGCAUUCUAGAUUUCUACCUCAUAAUCUUCACGGAUCUGUACUGGUGCUCAUGGAUCGCCACGGACCUGGUGGUGAUUUCGGGCUGGGGGAUUUUCUUUAUGAAGAACGCCAGGAGCAAGAGGGAGCGCGCCUGCGGGUUCCACCAGAAGAGCUCCAUAUUCGGGUGUAAUCUCGGGGAGUUCACGUACGCCUACUUGGCUUGGCUUAUAUAUGUGAUCGCCUGCACCCCAAAAGUAAUCCUGAUCUUGGAGACGUCGAUAUUAGACCUCAUCGCGCUUAAAGUUCCUUUCGGUGUAACCGGAUUUAAGAUAAUCAUGCUUCUUUCUGCGCCGUUACUCUACUGCCUCAUCAAUUCUAUUACCGAGGACCAGAACGGAGCGUCGCGCCACCGGUCCCAAAGCUGCUUCAUGACCACCUGCCUGGAUCUCAUUGACUGUUUAACUCUAGUGGAGGUGCUGCUGAGGAACGAGUUGCAGACGGUCUAUUUAAAGUACACGGUCAUCUCCGUUUAUUUCGUAACCUUGGCCGUCCCGGUGGUGUGGUUGUACGAGCUGACCGUCUCAGAGAUGCGUUGUCGCUGGGUCUGGGCAAGGUUCCUGGCCGGGUUGUUUGUCAACGCGCCGCUUCUGGUGGUCCGGGCCUUUCAGGUGUUCGUAUUCAAUAUGCCUGUCUCGGUGUUUAUGUUCAAGAAUGUAUUCUUCUUGGCCUGCAAGUGUCUAGAGCUUGUUGAGCAGUGCUUCGCGGUGCGUGGCGUCAGGAGGUUCGGCGAGGGUAACAACCCAGCGCAGUUCUCUCACUGUGUCUCCGAGAACGACAUGUGUCCCCACGGAUAUGUCAACACACUGGCCGUGACCACCCAGUCAUAGAUCGGCUUUAGUCUUCCUUGUUAUACCCCUGGAGGAUGGAAGUCACGUUAUAUGGUGGAGGAUUUUUUUUAAGUAACAGGACAGAGAUACAUCCUGAACGGCACCCUAAUGCUUCCUAUUGCCAAUAGUGCACUACUAACGACCAAGGCCCGUAGGGUGCCAUUUGGGAUGCACUCCUUUUGUCGGCCAACAACCGCCUUACUGACGAUUUCCCAUCUAUUCAUAUCUCAGAAAACAUUUGAUCUCCACCGGCGCUACAUAAUCAUUAUGCACCAACCACACCUGCAAUUCAACCUACUGACCUGCCAAUAUACCGGCAACGGACUACUAUUGCCUUCUUGGGGGGUAUUUUUGUCAAGUAGUGGCGGUUGUCCCCUCCCCUAAGUGUGGUUUUGUGAAUUGAAAUAACUUACUUGCACGUGUAAUGUGGGGCACCUUAAAUCGAGUGAGAAUUGAUUUAUUGCGUUUGUUUAAUGCGAGUAGGCCUUGUUGGCAAAGUGCAAGAAAGAUGUAGCUGUUUGGAAACAGAUGAGGAAGAUCGGGGUUUGAAAUGGAUGAUAAUCGUGUGUACGGCGUAGUUGUAGAUGUAAAUGUUAAUGAUUGUUUUAUAUCGGUAUGUUUUGUCUCCUAUCUGUGACUUCCAAAUACGGUUUCAAAAUCAAUGAAUGGAUGGAAACCUGCGUAAUUCAGAUGCGUAAUUAGUGCGUAACCAUGGUACAGUGUUCAACUAUAUAUCAUGCUUUUCUUUUUUUCCUAAUUUUGGCCUGAUAUUUUGUGAUUGUUUUACGAUAAUUCAAUUGAUAUUUCUUAAGAAUAUAAUAUUGAUAUUUUUAUUGUACUUUAUUGUAUCAUUUUAGGUACCACGGCAGUAUUUCCCGUCCAGUGAUGAAAUAGAGCGCAGACAUCCAUCCAACGGGCUAUUCAUUGUGUGACCUCUGUCACUCCGUCAACAAAAGGCCUACCUCUGCAUCUAGUCAAAGCCAAGCUUGACUGAUGGUAUAAAUACAGUUUCAGACACGGCACUCUGUCACUGGUAUACCGCUCGCCAUGAUGGAUAAUAUUUUUAAUAUACACGUGAUAAUAUUUCGAUCUAACAUGGCGAGACAAUCUUCUCCAAGGUGCUAUAAAGGAUAGGGAAGGAUGUGAGUGAUCGUAUGACAGCUGUUUGACAUCCUGUUCUCGGAAAUAAAACGAUAAUAAAUAACUGCUGGAGACCCUGUCCGCCCUACUGAUGAGUAUUAUGCAGCAUUGUAUUCCAUUUGACGCAGGAGAAAAUAAAUAAAACCACUUCUAUUACCAAGAAUAGGCACUACUGUGGAUGAGAGAAAUAGGUCACUCAAAGACCUGUAGCACAGAUAAUGCAGGGUUGCAAAUAAAUUGGAGUAUAAAUCACGUGGCGGUACAAUCGUCAUCCCAAAUGUAGGUCCCCUUCUCAUUCUCAGUAAAAAGAGUAAGAAUAGCAUUAAUCUAAAUGAUGGCCAGAUAAACGUUAGUAAUUACUGCAGCCUACAGAAGCAGAUGCUGUUGUGAAGCGCCAGGACAACCUCUGUCUUGUAUAUACUGUGCUACAAAAAGUUAUCCAUUGACUUUCCAGUAUCUCAGACCAGGGACGCCGAGGGCCCGGGGCAUAAUUUAACGUUUAGGACAGGUCAUAAACGUUUUAUUGUUUGUUUUAAUUCAUAACUAGGCCACAUUCAAAUGCCUUUGUUUUCAACACAGGUAAUUAAUAAGGUCACAUCUUUUCAAUUCAUAACCCACUGAGUCCCAAUCAGCCAUUCCUUAACUGUUACACAUAUUUAGACGUUUUCUUUUAGAAAAACGUUCCUUCCAUUUCAGUGCUCCUAGUUUUGGUUGCAUGGUAGCAAUGUUUUAGCCAGAUCGCUACAGUACUGUAUUGAUACA